AUGGUGGAAACAAGAGAGAUGAAGUCGACAUUGGCCCUGGAGUUCAUUCUCCGGACGAUCCACUUCCUCCAGGAUCUCACACUUUUCCCAGAUCUUCCCAUUCCGGCCAACUCCUCUUCGCUCGUCCAGACACAGGACCCCUCCAGCCACAUAUCCCCCAUGCCUCCUCACUCCUGGGAAGAGAAAUGCGAAAGCGAAGGGGAAAGGGGGAUCAAGAAGCUGCGCUUCAACCUAGAGAGAAAGGACUGGAAUCUGGAAAAAGAUUACGGCGAGGAACUCAUCAUCGUCAAAUCUGCAUACGAUCAAGAGACCAAGACAAAUCUCCUGCUUACCGAGGUUGUCAUUACUUCCCCCCCCCCCCCUUCGAUCGGUGUGGGGUGGGAGACUCCCAUCAAGGCUUUGUACCUGAGGGGAUGA